AUGGGCAGUGUAGAUGUUGUGAGUGUGAGAUCGAAAUUCUUCCGAACGGUGUAUGCUCAACAUGUUGUUGCUCCAAUCGAUAAUGAGUUUCCUAAUAAUAAUCAGGAAGGAACAACAAACGCAGAAAGUAAAAAGCCAAUAGAAGUUGAUCCUAAAGAAUUGAGUAGUCAUGUGAAGCACGUAACUCCAUUGCUCAAAUCGGCUACGAAAAGUACUCCCCUUAUUCAAGCCUCAAUCCCAAAAGAAACUGCUAUCGCUACUCAUUCAGCCCUUCUCCAAGGAUUAUCCAAUGAGAAACAGAAAAGAAUCAAAGAGCUUUAUGAUAGGCUUGACAUGGAUCACGAUGGGAUGAUCGAUAUCAGGGAUUUGACAACAGCCUUGAAAAGAGAAACCCCUCAUAUUCCUUCUAAACUAGCUCCGCAACUUAUGCAGCGUAUCAGUUCGGUUGACAAUCAAGAGAAGGUUGGGUUCAGCGAGUUCUUGAAGUAUGUAGUUGAGCAUGAAAUGAGAUUAGAACGAAUUUUCGAAGAUUUAGAUCAAAACAGAGAUGGUUAUAUUGAUGUUCGAGAGAUCAAGCAGUAUUGUAGCAACUUAGGUAUUCCAAUGGAUGACAGGAAAGCUCAAAUUAUAGUUGAACAAAUGGAUAAAACUGGCUCAGAAUCUAUAAACUUGUCAGAAUUUCAACAAUUUCUUUUACUAUACCCAAGUCAUGACCUGAAGGAUAUUGUCGACUUUUGGCGACACAAUCUAGUUAUUGAUAUUGGAGAAGACGGUUUAGUCCCAGAAGAUUUCACGCAGCAGGAAAUUCAAUCAGGAGUAUGGUGGAGGCAUCUAGUUGCCGGAGCUGUAGCAGGAUGUAUGAGUAGAACAUGUACUGCUCCAUUCGAUAGGUUAAAAGUCUACAUGCAGGUUCAUGCUACGAAGCAGAACAAGCUAGGGGUUUGGUCAUCACUCAGUCUUCUUCAUGCGGAAGGUGGCAUUCGAUCAUUCUGGCGUGGCAAUGGUAUAAACGUAGUUAAGAUUGCUCCGGAGUCUGCAAUAAAAUUUAUGGCUUACGAACAAUGUAAACGACUUAUUCAAGAAUAUACGGGUAAAAGUGAUCUUGAUAUUUUUUCUCGGCUCUGUGCGGGUUCUACAGCUGGAGCCAUAUCUCAAUCCAUCAUUUAUCCAAUGGAAGUGAUGAAGACAAGAUUAGCUCUUCGACGCACAGGCCAAUUAGAUAAAGGUGUUUUUCAUUUUGCUCAUAAAAUGUAUUCCAAAGAAGGUUUUAUGUGUUUUUAUAAGGGGUACUUGCCGAAUUUACUCGGUAUCAUACCUUAUGCUGGGAUAGACUUGGCAAUUUAUGAAACUUUAAAGAAGCUAUACGUCAAACAUAACCCAGGAUCGGAACCUGGUUCAUGGACUGUUCUAGCUUGUGGGUCUGUUAGUUCAACGUGUGGUCAAUUAGCUAGUUAUCCUUUGGCACUUGUUCGAACAAGGCUGCAGGCCAGAUCAGUAUCAGCUGAUAUCCUCCAACCUGAUAAUAUGAUAGGGCAAUUUCGUUAUAUUCUGAAGAAUGAUGGCUUCAUCGGUUUGUACAGAGGACUAGCUCCUAACUUUAUGAAGGUUAUCCCAGCUGUUAGUAUCAGUUAUGUUGUUUAUGAAAAAGCAAGAAAGUAUCUUGGUGCAACUAUGUCUUGA